AUGGCUGCACUUGCUCUCUGCCUCCUAUGGGCCCUGACAGCGGCAGCCCGCACUGCCCCAGUGUCCUCCCCGGGUGACCCGGAGCCCGCACAGUACGAGGAGCUGACCCUGCUCUUCCAUGGGGCUUUGCAGUUGGGUCAGACGCUCAACAGCGUGUACAAGACCACAGAGGCGAGGUUGACAGAGGCUGGGAACAACCUGGGCCUCUUUGACCGUGCACUGGAACUCCUAAGAAUGGAAGUCAACCAGGGCUGGGAUGCAACACAAGAACUUCGCACAAGGUUGUCGGAGAUGCAGAUGGAAGAGGAUGAUUUACAGCAAAGUACAGAGGCCACAGCCCAACUGCUGGGGGAGGUGGCCCGGGCACAGCAGGCACUGCAGGACAAUGUGCGGCACCUAGAAGCUCAGCUGAAAGACACCUGGCUAGGCCAUGCCCGCCAUGAAUUUGAGACAUUAAAGGCUCACGCUGACAAGCAGAGCCACCUCCUAUGGGCCCUCGCAGGCCAUGUGCAGAGGCAGAGGCGCGAGAUGGCUGAGCAACAACGGUGGCUGCGACAGAUCCAGGAGAGACUCCACACAGCAGCUCUCCCGGCUUGAGGCUGCCAGGAUGCCACCAAGGACCAGUCACACCGCAAGGGACAUGGCUACACAAACGUGGUGUCCCCACACGCAGGGCAGUGCUGCCUGUCCACUGGGGUCGGUCGGCCAAGGUGCCCCCCUUCCGCUUCCGGCCAUGCAGCAGAGGCAGAAGCAGAAGCAGAUGAGGUCGAAGGCAGAGAACAAAGCACUGUGGCAGAGGGUGGAAGGAAGAUCGCAUGUCCCCUCAUGCCCAAACAGC